AUGGCCCCGACCCUCGCCCACGCCACCCCUGUCAACCACCAGCACCACCCGGGCCCCGACGAUCACGCCGGCGACGAUGCCGCCCUCGCCCGCCUGAGCGCCGCCCGCGACCACUCGUCCGGCUCGGGCGCAUCCCUCGACUCGGCUACCGCGACCGACGCCGACGACCGCGGCCCGCACGCAGAGGGCGUCCUGCGCGACGACGUCCUCGGCGGCCUCCCCGCCAAGCAGGGCCUGUACAACCCGGACGAGGAGAAGGACGCCUGCGGUGUCGGCUUUGUCUGCCACAUCAAGGGCAAGCCGUCGCACAAGAUCGUCAGCGAUGCUCGCAACCUCCUCUGCAACAUGACCCACCGCGGCGCCACCGGUGCCGACUCGCGCGACGGCGACGGCGCAGGCGUCAUGGUCGGCAUCCCGCACGGCUUCUUCGUGCGCGAGGGCGAGCGCGACCUCGGCGUCAAGCUCCCGGCCGAGGGCGAGUACGCCGUCGGCAACCUCUUCUUCCGCAAGCCGACGACGCCCAACUGGACGCGCGACCCGGCCCUCAAGCAGCAGAAGGCGACGUUCACGAGCCUCGCCGACAAGCUCGGCCUGCGCGUCCUCGGGUGGCGCCACGUCCCCGUCGACUCGACCCUGCUCGGCCCGGCGUCCUUCUCGCGCGAGCCCAUCAUCCUCCAGCCGUUCGUCGUCCUCAAGAACCACUACGGCGCCGACACGACCGAGUCGCAGGGCGGCGACCUCGACGAGAAGCAGUUCGAGCGGCAGCUGUACGUCUUGCGCAAGCACGCGACGCACACGCUCAAGCUCGAGAGCGGGUUCUACAUCUGCUCGCUGUCGACCAAGAACAUCGUGUACAAGGGCCAGCUGUCGCCCGUCCAGGUGUACGCCUACUACCACGACCUGAACCACGUCCUGUUCGCGUCGCACUUCUGCCUCGUCCACUCGCGGUUCUCGACCAACACGUUCCCCUCGUGGGACCGCGCGCAGCCCAUGCGGUGGGCCGCCCACAACGGCGAGAUCAACACGGUGCGCGGCAACAAGAACUGGAUGCGCGCGCGCGAGGGCAGCAUGCGCUCCGAGCGCUUCGGCGACGAGCUCGAGCUCCUGUACCCGAUCAUCGAGACGGGCGGGUCCGACUCGGCCGCGUUCGACAACGUCCUCGAGCUCCUCAUCGUCAACGGCGUCCUCAAGAUGCACGAGGCCGUCAUGCUCAUGAUCCCCGAGGCCAACUCGACCGAGAUGGAGCCCGAGAAGCGCGCCUUCUACCAGUGGGCGUCGUGCGUCAUGGAGCCCUGGGACGGUCCCGCCCUGUUCACGUUCUCGGACGGCCGGUUCUGCGGCGCCAACCUCGACCGCAACGGCCUGCGCCCGUGCCGCUGGAUCACGACGACCGACGACAUCAUCAUCUGCGCGAGCGAGGUCGGCACGAUCGCUGUCGAGCCCGAGAAGGUGACGCGCAAGGGCCGCCUCCAGCCGGGCAAGAUGCUCCUCGUCGACACGCUCGAGGGCCGCAUCGUCGACGACAAGGAGCUCAAGAUGUCGACCGCGCGUCGCCAGCCGUUCGCCAACUGGAUCGCCAACGAGCUCCUGCGCCUGCCCGACAUCAUGGCCAAGGAGCGCGCCAAGGGCCACCAGCUGUCGGUCCCGCUCGACGAGAGCUCGGUGUCGACCGACCCGCGCCUGCUCGCCGAGGGCUACUCGUUCGAGCAGCUCGACCUCCUCCUGCGCCCGCUCGUCAACGAGGGCAAGGAGGCGCUCGGCUCGAUGGGCAACGACGCGCCGCUCGCCUGCAUGGCGACCGCGCCCCGCCUCGCGUACGACUACUUCCGCCAGCUCUUCGCCCAGGUCACCAACCCGCCGAUCGACCCCAUCCGCGAGGCGAUCGUCAUGAGCCUCGACAUCUCGCUCGGCAACGAGGGCAACCUCCUCGAGAUGUCGCAGGCCCAGGCCUCGCGCCUGCACCUCACGUCGCCCAUCCUGUCGGUCGAGGAGACCGAGGCCCUCAAGAAGCUCGGCGCCGUGUACCCGGCGUGGCAGGAGCGCACGAUCGACACGACGUUCACCAAGGACGAGGGCGUUGCCGGCUACGCCGCCGCCCUCGACCGCGUCUGCUCCGAGGUGACCGAGGCCGUCGAGCAAGGCGUGCGCGUCGUCGUCCUGUCGGACCGGGCCCUGUCGGCCGACCGCGUCGCCCUGUCGAGCGCCGUCGCGACCGGCGGCGUCCACCACCACCUCGUGCGCACCAAGCAGCGCAGCAAGAUCGCCCUCGUCGUCGAGAGUGCCGACGCGCGCGAGGUCCACCACGUCUGUGUCCUCAUCGGCUACGGCGCCGACGCCGUCUGCCCGUGGCUCUGCUUCGAGGCGCUCCUCAAGAUCCGCCGCGAAGGCCUUCUCAAGGUCGACCUCACCGACGAGCAGGUCGUCAAGAACUACAUCGCCGCCGUCAACAACGGCAUCCUCAAGGUCCUGUCCAAGAUGGGCAUCUCGACGCUCGCCGGGUACCGAGGCUCGCAGAUCUUCGAGAUCCUCGGCCUGCACGCCGACGUCGUCGAGAAGUGCUUCCUCGGCACGGCGUCGCGCAUCUCGGGCAGCGGCUUCGAGCUUCUCGCCCUCGACGCCCUCGAGCUGCACGAGCGUGGCUACCCGUCGCGCGAGACGGUUUGCGCACCCGGCCUGCCCGAGACGGGCGAGUACCACUGGCGCCUCAACGGCGAGGCGCACAUCAACGACCCGGCGAGCAUCGCCUCGCUCCAGGACGCCGUCCGCGAGAAGAACCAGAAGUCGUACGACGCGUACUCGGCCAACGCUCGGCGCCAGGUCCGCGCCGUCACGCUCCGAGGCCUCCUCGACUUCGACUUUGAGCAGGCCGACCCGAUCCCGCUCGAGCAGGUCGAGCCGUGGCACGAGAUCGUCAAGCGCUGUGUCACGGGCGCCAUGAGCUACGGCUCGAUCUCGAUGGAGGCGCACUCGAGUCUCGCCGUCGCCAUGAACCGCAUCGGCGGCAAGAGCAACACGGGCGAGGGCGGCGAGGACGCCGCACGGUCCGAGAUCAUGCCCAACGGCGACACGAUGCGCUCGGCCAUCAAGCAGAUCGCGUCGGGCCGGUUCGGCGUCACGAGCGCCUACCUGAGCGACGCCGACGAGCUUCAGAUCAAGAUGGCGCAAGGCGCCAAGCCCGGCGAGGGCGGCGAGCUGCCCGGCCACAAGGUGUCGAAGAGCAUCGCCCGCACCCGUCACUCGACGCCGGGCGUCGGCCUCAUCUCGCCGCCGCCGCACCACGACAUCUACUCGAUCGAGGACCUCAAGGAGCUCAUCUACGACCUCAAGUGCGCAAACCCUCGCGCCCGCAUCUCGGUCAAGCUCGUGUCCGAAGUCGGCGUCGGCGUCGUCGCGUCGGGCGUCGCCAAAGCUCGCGCCGACCACAUCCUCGUGUCGGGCCACGACGGCGGCACGGGCGCGUCGCGAUGGACCGGCAUCAAGUACGCCGGCCUCCCGUGGGAGCUCGGCCUCGCCGAGACGCACCAGACGCUCGUCCUCAACGACCUGCGCGGCCGGGUAACGCUCCAGACCGACGGGCAGAUCCGCACGGGCCGCGACGUCGCCAUCGCGACCCUCCUCGGCGCAGAGGAGUGCCACCUCAACACGUGCCCGGUCGGCAUCGCGACCCAGGACCCGUCGCUGCGCGCCAAGUUCACCGGUCAGCCCGAGCACGUCAUCAACUUCUUCUACUACGUCGCCGAGGAGUUGCGCAGCAUCAUGGCCAAGCUCGGCUUCCGCACGAUCAACGAGAUGGUCGGCCGGGCCGACCUUCUCAAGGUCGACGAGGCGCUCCGCAACCCCAAGACGGCCAGCCUCGACCUGUCGGCGCUCCUCAAGCCGGCGUGGGAGAUGCGCCCCGGCGUCGCGACGUACAAGGCCGUCGCGCAGGAGCACAAGCUCCACCUCCGCCUCGACAACAAGUUCAUCAUGGAGAGCGAGCUCGCGCUCACCAAGGGCCUGCCCGUCCGGAUCGACUGCGAGGUCGUCAACACUGAUCGUGCUCUCGGUACCACCCUGUCGAACCACGUCUCGAAGCGCUACGGCGAGGACGGCUUGCCCAAGGACACGAUCCACAUCGUCGCCAAGGGUUCGGCCGGCCAGUCGCUCGGCGCGUUCCUCGCUCCUGGCAUCACGUUCCGCCUCGAGGGCGAGGCCAACGACUACGUCGGCAAGGGCCUGUCGGGCGGCCGCAUCAUCGUCUACCCGCACGAGAGCUCGACGUUCAAGGCCGAGGAGAACAUCAUCGUCGGCAACACGUGCCUGUACGGCGCGACGAGCGGCGAGGCCUACAUUCGCGGUAUCUCGGCCGAGCGCUUCGCCGUCCGCAACUCGGGCGCCGUCGCCGUCGUCGAGGGCUGCGGCGACCACGGCUGCGAGUACAUGACGGGCGGGCGCGUCGUCAUCCUCGGCUCGACCGGCCGCAACUUUGCGGCGGGCAUGUCGGGCGGUAUCGCCUACGUGUUUGACGCCGCUCGCGACUUCCGGGCCAAGGUCAACCUCGAGAUGGUCGAGCUCGACACGGUCAACGACCCGCACGAGAUCGCCGCCCUGCGCGGCAUGAUCGAGGACCACAAGCACCACACGGGCUCGACGCUCGCCGCCACGAUCCUGCGCUCGUUCAACCAGGUCCUCCCGCGCUUCGUGCGCGUCAUGCCGCUCGACUACAAGGCGGUCCUCGAGGCCGAGAAGGUCCGCGCCGCCGCGUCCAAGAAGCGCAACUUUACGUCGGCGCAGCCCAAGCUCGCCCCUGUCGAGGAGGCUGCGGCCGUCCCUGUCGAGAACGACAAGCACGUCGCCGAGCCCGCCGUCGGCGACCUCGAGGACAGCAUGGUCGACGCGACGGCCGCCAAGAAGCGCGUCCAGACACUCGACAAGGUCCGCGGGUUCAAGACGUACAAGCGCCUCACCGAGGCGUACCGCAACCCGCGCAAGCGCACCCAGGACUGGGCCGAGAUCUCGACCCGCCUCAACGAGGACGAGCUCAAGGUCCAGAGCGCGCGCUGCAUGGACUGCGGCGUGCCGUUCUGCCAGUCCGAGUCGGGCUGCCCGAUCGGCAACGUCAUCCCCAAGUGGAACGACCUCGUCUUCAAGGGCCAGUGGCGCGACGCCCUCGACCGCCUCCUCAUGACCAACAACUUCCCCGAGUUCACCGGUCGCGUGUGCCCGGCGCCGUGCGAGGGUGCGUGCGUCCUCGGCAUCAACGAGGCGCCUGUCGGCAUCAAGAGCAUCGAGGCCGCCAUCAUCGACAAGGGCUGGGAGAUGGGCUGGAUCAAGCCGGCGCCGCCGAGCGCACGCACGGGCAAGAAGGUCGCCGUCAUCGGUUCGGGCCCAGCCGGUCUCGCCGCCGCCGACCAGCUCAACAAGGCCGGCCACUCGGUCACCGUCUACGACCGCAACGACCGCUUCGGCGGCCUCCUCAUGUACGGCAUCCCGAACAUGAAGCUCGACAAGCGCGUCGUCCAGCGCCGCAUCGACCUCAUGGCCGACGAGGGCGUCCAGUUCGUCAACAACGCGCACGUCGGCAAGACGCACGACGUCAACGAGAUCCGGGCCGAGAACGACGCGCUCAUCAUGGCGACCGGCGCCACCUGGCCUCGCGACCUCAAGAUGAAGAACCGCGAGCUCGGCGGCAUCCACUUUGCCAUGGAGUUCCUCCAGCAGAACACCAAGUCGCUCCUUGACUCGAACCUCGACGACGACAACUUCAUCUCGGCCAAGGGCAAGAACGUCAUCGUCAUCGGCGGCGGCGACACGGGCAACGACUGCAUCGGUACCUCGAUCCGUCACGGCGCGACCUCGGUCGUCAACUUCGAGCUUCUGCCGCAGCCGCCGUCGGCUCGCGCGAGCGACAACCCUUGGCCGCAGUGGCCGCGCGUCUUCAGGACCGACUAUGGUCACGCCGAGUACUCGAUCUCGACCAAGGAGUUUGUCGCCGGCCCCGACGGCCGCAUCGCCGGCGUCAACACGAUGCGCGUCGCGUGGGAGAAGGACGCCGUCGGCCAGUGGAAGAUGAGCGAGGUGCCCGAGUCGCAAGAGUUCUUCCCGGCCGACAUCAUCCUCCUCGCCCUCGGCUUCCUCGGCCCCGAGGACGCGGCCAUCAAGGCGCUCGGCCUCGAGCAGGACGGCCGCUCCAACAUCAAGACGCCCCAGGGCAAGUACGCCACCGCCGUCGACGGCGUCUUUGCCGCCGGCGACUGCAGGCGCGGCCAGUCGCUCAUCGUGCACGGCAUCAACGAGGGCCGUCAGACGGCCGCCGAGGUCGACCGCUUCCUCGUCGGCGACACUCGCUUGCCCAACGCCGGCGCCAUCAAGAUUCGCUCGUUCGCCCCGGCGUCGCGCAAGUCGUGCCAGAAGGUCAAGCCUGCCGUCGAGGUCGAGGCUGUCGCUGCCUGAGCGAGUGCCGGUCUGGACCACCCCCAAAAAGGCGACGAGCACCGCCUCGCCGCCUCUCCUUCUCUCUCCCUCCUCGUCCACUAUAUCUGCCUAUCUGUCGCACCGUCGUCCUGGCGUCACCCUGUCGUGCUCGAGCGCGUGUUGUUGGUGGGAGACGCCGGUCGGCAACGAUGGCGCGCGGCUCCCGAUCUAGCCCAGCCCCUUCUCUUUUCCCUAGCAGUCCCUACAUCGUCUCUCCUUCUAUCGCUGUGUAAUGCCUAUCCGUCUCUCUCC